AUGAGCUGUGUGGUGAGCCUGCUGGGGGCUGACAGCACCAUUUCAGGAGCGUCUCCUGUGGGGAGAGAAUGUCUGUGUAGAGCAUCUGCGCAAAGGACUCCAGGCCACAAUGGUUCAUCCUCCGUACCUCUGCCCACAGCUUCCGGAGCCCAGACGCCCCCGUGCCUCCGCAGCUCCAUGGGUGCCCACCUGUUCCUCCUGGGCCUCCUGCUGCUGCUGCUGCCCACGCCCACCCCAGCCCCCUGCCGCACAGGCACCCGCAAUGAGUGCCGGCGCAACCAAGGGUUCGUGCCUGGCGCAGCACUAGCGGGGGAGGGCGUGGACGUGACCAGCCUCAAGCGCUCGGGCUCCUUCCCUGUGGACAUAGAGAGCUACCUGCGGCCAGACGGCACCUGCACCCUCUGCCAGAACGCCCUGCAGGAGGGCGCCCUCCAGCGUCUGCCCCUGGCACUGACCCACUGGCGCGCCCAGGGCUCAGGCUGCCAGCGCCAAGUGGUCAGAGCCAAGGCCACAUCCACUGAGGGCGUGGCCAGGGAGGCAGCCAGCCACAUCCGCAACGACUGGCAGGUGGGACUGGAUGUGUCUCCCAGACCAGGCGCCGAGGUGCAUGUGACCAUGGCCGGCUCGCACUCCAAGAUGGCCAACUUUGCUGCCCAAAAAACCCACCAGGACCAGUACAGCUUCAGCACUGACUUGGUGGAGUGUCGCUUCUACAGUUUUCAUGUGGUACACUCUCCCCCACUCCACCCCAACUUCCAAAAGGUCCUCAGCGACCUGCCCCCCAACUUCAACACCUCUACAGAGGCCGAGUACGUCAGGCUCAUCUCCAACUACGGCACCCACUUCAUCCGGUCCAUGGAGCUGGGCGGCCGGGUCUCGGCCCUCACUGCCCUGCGCACCUGUGAGCUGGCCCUGAACGGGCUCACGGCCAACGAGGUAGAGGACUGCCUGAACGUCGAGGCCCAGGUCAGCAUCAACAGCCAAGCUAGCCUUUCCUCAAAAUUCAAGGAGUGUGAGGAGAAGAAGAAGCAGCACAAGAUGGAGGACUCCUUCCACCAGUCCUACCGGGAACGCUUUUCCCAGAUAGUCGGUGGUCACCACACCGCGGUGGGCGACCUGCUAUUUGGGGACGGGGCCAGGCCGGAGCAGUUCUCCGCCUGGAUGAACUCCCUGCUGGACAGGCCCGGCCUGGUGGACUACACCUUGGAGCCUCUGCACGUGCUGGUGGAGAGCCGGGACCCGCGGCGGGAGGCGCUGAGGCAGGCCGUGAGCAAGUACGUGAUGGACAAGGCCCGGUGGAAGGACUGCGGAAGGCCCUGCCCCCCGGGGCAGCACAAGAGCCCCCACAACCCAUGCCAGUGUGUGUGCCACAGCUCAGCGGUCACCAACCAGGACUGCUGUCCCCGGCAGAGGGGCCUGGCCCACUUGGAGGUGAUGAACUUCCAGGCGACAGGCCUGUGGGGAGACUACAUCACAGCCACGGACGCCUACCUGAAGGUCUUCUUCGGAGGCCAGGAGCUGAGAACCAGCACGGUGUGGAACAGCAACCACCCCAAGUGGGCUGUGCGGCUGGACUUUGGGGACGUGCUCCUGUCCACGGGGGGGCCCCUGAGGGUGCAGGUGUGGGACGAAGACCAUGGCUGGGAUGACAACCUCCUCGGCACCUGUGACCAGAAAGCGCAGUCUGGCUCACACGAGGUGAAGUGCAACCUGAACCACGGCCGCCUGAGGUUCUCCUACCACGCCAAGUGCUUGCCUCACCUGGAGGGGGCCACCUGCCUGCAGUACGCCCCCCACGGCCUUCUGGGGGCGCCUCCGGGGAACCGGAGCGGGCCAGUGUGGUAAGCGUGGUGGGCCUUGCUCGAGAGGACUAGGGAACCCGGAAUGAAUGGGGUUCUCACAGAGGGACCCAGGGCCUAUCUUCAUAUUCCCAUUAGACAGAUGGAAAACUGAGGCUUACUUUUUUUUUUUUUUUUCCAAUGAAGUAGCUGAAUUUAUAGGCCAGCCCUGGGUCUACUGUCCAAACUGCCGUAGCU